AUGUCCGCGACGUCCGCGACGCGCGACGCCGUGGUCCUGUGCGCCGCCGCCGUGGACGCCGACGUCGUCGCCGUGGACGCGCGCACGGGGGCGCACGUGCGCGCGAUGGGCGUGCCCAAGGGAUUCGCCGCCGGCGGCGUCGCCGCGGUCGGGGCGAACGAACUCGCGGUGCUCGCGCCGGGAAAGCGCGCGAUCGCGCGAUACGGGCGCGGACGCACGUCGGUGACGUCGACGACGACGACGGGCGAACGACCGAGCGCGAUCGCGGGGACGACGUGUGGACGGCUCAUGGCGAGCGGGACGGCGAGCGGGACGGCGAGCGCGUGGGAGGCGUCGAGUGGACGGUUGCUCGCGCGGUGGCGCGCGCACUUUAAGGGGGUGAGCGCGAUGACGUUUACGCCGUGUGGAAGCGUGCUGAUCACGGGUGGAGAGGAUGGGGCGGUGCACGCGUGGCGGGUGAGCGAACUGACGGAGGACGGCGGCGGCGGGGGGGGGGUACGCGCGUGGCGGAGUUGGACCGAUCACGCGCUCGCGGUGAGCGACGUGACGUGCGGGAGGAUGAGUGGAUGUGGUGGUGACGUCACGGUGGUGUCGUGCAGCGCGGAUCGGACGUGUAAGAUUUAUGGGUUAGGGAGCGGGGCGACGCUUCGGCAGGUGCGAUGUCCGACGGCGCUGACGUCGUGCGCCCUGGACGCGUGCGAGGCGACUUUAUACGCCGGUGGAGCCGAUGGACGAGUUUUUGAGAUCCCAUUGAACGGAGCGCCGUCGAUGGCGGUGAGCCUGGACGGCGGUCUGGACGCUCGCGAUGGGAUGAUUGCCCUGGAGGGACACUCCAAGCGCGUCGUCGGCGUCGCGUGCUCCACUGAUGGCGACUUCGUCGUGAGUGCGAGCGAAGACGGCACCGCCCGCGUGUGGGACUGCGCGUCUCGUCAGACGUUACACAUCUUGCGUCAUCCAAAGCCACCAAUAUGCGAUGUACUGCUCGUUCCUCUGUCCGCGUACGCGGAAUCCAGUCGAGGCGACGCGGGCUCGUCUCGAAAACGAGCAAAGACGACGCCAGCUCCGACGCUGAGCAAGAUUCUGAUCGGUACGGGCGAUCGAAGCGGAUUGAAACCGUGGCAGGGCGCACCCGUGGCGCUCGCGGGCGCUCGUGAGUCGUCUCGACCACGCGCCGCAGCCGCCGCUCGAACCGCCGCCGCUCGAGCUGUCCCAGCGGACGCCGAAUCAGAAAUCGCGCGUCUCAAAUCCGAUCUCGCCGCUCGCUCCGACGACGUCUCCACCGCACGAAACGACGCAGAGAAGUGGAAAAAGCUCUACAACGAUCUCAAAUCCAUCGUCGACGCGCAGCUCGUCGAUAAUUAA